AUGUCUCACUGCAGAUAUUCGUGCAGUUGCAGCGCUCCGUACACCGGAGGACGCUGUGAGACCGAGAUCAGCGUCUGUACACCGAGCCCGUGUCAGAACGGAGGUGUGUGUAAACCCAUCGGGAACGCCUUCAUCUGCAGCUGCAAGAGAGGAUACACCGGCGGGACCUGUGAAGAGGACGUGAACGAGUGUGAACGCGAGCUGUGUGAGAACGGCGGUGUGUGCGUCAACACUUUCGGCUCCUUCUACUGUAACUGCACGCCGGGUUUCGUGGGCAGCGCUUGCUCUGUUCGUCCUGUGCUUGUUCCGGAUAUGCAGGCUGGCCACGCCUACGUCGGGAAGGAGGAGCUUAUCGGCAUCGCCGUGGUGCUCUUCCUCAUCCUCAUCCUCAUCCUACUAUUCAUCGCCUUUCGGAAGAAGGUCUUCCAGAAGAGCUAUUCCCGGAAUAACCUUUCCAUGGUUCAGGAUCCGGCUACGGCCGCCUUGCUGCACAAAGCCAACGGUGGCCACUAUCCGCCGCUACGCUGCGCCAUCGGAGAGCCAAUCAGCUUGUACAUGGAAGGAAGUCUGUCUGGCCCUCCUCAGGUUCCCGUCCGGCCGAUGGCGUACACGCCGUGUUUUCCCGGAGACGCUCGGGGAACCCUGGAGAAACGGCCAGGGGACAGCCGAGGCCCAGAGCUGACGGAAAUGAGCACGUUCCAUCCGUCAGACUCGCCGCGGAUUCUGGGCGGGACCAACAGGAGGGGCGUGGUCGUGUGCAGCGUGGCGCCAAAUUUGCCACCAGUUUCACCCUGCCGGUCUGACUGUGAUUCCCUACGGAAGAGUCCCUGGGAAGAGGAUGGGAAAGUGGAUUUGCUGGAAGAGGUCACAUGUUUCUCUGGCAGUAACAAGGGCAGCAACUCGGAGGUCCAGUCGCUGAGCUCCUUUCAGUCUGAUUCCUGUGAUGAUAACGCUUCCAUAGUGACGGUAAUUCGGCUGGUCAAUGAUGCAGUCGACACGAUUGAGAAUGAAGUGUCCGUUAUGGAUCAAGGUCAAAACUUCAACAGAGCAUACCACUGGGACACUUCUGAUUGGCUGCCGAGCACACGCUUACCAGACAUCGAGGAAGUCCCCACCUAUGAGACGGGUGAAGUGGGCGUGGCCUUAGAAUCUGACUAUUACCUUGGCGGAUUCGAUAUCGAUAGCGACUACCCGCCUCCUCAGGAGGAGGAGUUUAUGUCCCAGGACCAGCUGCCUCCGCCCCUUCCCACUGAGGAAUACGACACCUCACCCGCCAAUCAACCUGUUUCCAGGGAGAGCACUCUGAGCGGGGACCGCAAGCCCCGCCCACACUUUCACCCCAGCCAAUACCUGCCUCCGCAUCAGCUGCCACUCGGCUCUGCGGGGGAGGAGUUUAGCACUUUUACAAGCAGGGAGGAGCGUCUGUCCGUCAAUGCCUCCUCUGCCUCCGACGUAUCCUCUGUGCCCUGCGGGUUUGAAGACUCUGAGACGGGAGGAAGCUUGGAUAGUUUGGAGGACACGCACAUGCACCCACAUACACAGCAGACUGAGGUCUGACACUCCACCUGCCAACUACAGACACAGUUAGUGACGUCAACAGGACGUGUUUUCCCACAUAAAAGACACUAAACUCUUCGUCUGUCUAAGUUGUAAGACAGAUUCGGUCUGAAGACUAACUCUCAGUGCUGCCCUCUGCAUGAGCAGCUCAAAUAUAAAAGCACAGGAAGUGGAACCGGAAGUGAUGUCAUGGUUGGGGACCAGACGAUUAAAGCAACAAGAAGCGUCAUAUUAAACGGAGACCAAUGAUCUGUAGACAUGUUUUCAGAAAUCGCCUGGUGCAUUUCAUUGUUUCUUCCAGUUCCUGAUUUGUUUGGUGCUGUGUUUGAAAUCUGGAUCUGUCCUAAAACCUAGUGAGCCGCCUACCUAGACGAGAUUUUGCUACCUUCUAAGCUACAAAUUGUACGUUUAAAUAUUUUUUUUUAGAAUUGCAUAAAAUUAAAUCCUUUCUAGUUACAUAUUUUAGAUUAUUAAUGCAAGAACUAAACUUACAUCUACAUAGAAUAGAGAAUGACAAUCAACAAUAAUGACAAUAAACAAAAUACUAAAAGUAAUAGAAAAAAAAUUAUAUACAAAGCUAUUACAUUUUAUUUGUGUUACACUUUUUUCUAUUAUUUAUGCAGAAACAAAACUUAGAAUUACAUGCAAUGAAGUAUGAAAAAAAUAUAUACUAAUAGUUAUACCAAACCUGCUGUAAGUAAAUACAAAACAAUACAUAUGUUUUGUUUAAAUUCAGUUUAGAUAUUUUUAUUUGAAUUGUAUAAAGUGACGUCAUUUGUACUUAGACUUUUUUUAUUUAUGCAUAAACAAAACUAAGAAUUGCGUACAAUAAACCUAAAUUAAAAUUAGAAUUUUAAAUACAGCAUAAAUAAAGUAGUAGCUCACAUAUACAACCCUGAAUGCAUUGUAAAAGAAAAAAAACCUUAUCCAAGAUGAAGAGAUAUACUCAUUUAAUUCAGAAAAAUAUUAAUAAAAAUAAUGUAAUUUAAAAAUGACUUUUAGUUAUGCAAUAUUUGUGUAAGUUCAUACACAUUUUUCAAACUCUACUGAAAUCAAAUGUGACUCAAGACUCAAAUUAAGCUAAAAAUAAAUCAAUAAACCAGCCUAAGGGGGUCUUCAGGUCUUAGCUGGUUUAAACUGGUUCAACUGUUUUCCCAGCAAGCAGAUGUUUAGCUAAUGUUUCCCAAAUGCCCAAACCCCUUCUAAAACCAUCCAAAAAGUCCAGCUUGGCCAGGCUGGGAGACCAGCCAACCACCUUAGGCUGGUUUCAGCAGUUUUUUGUGUUCAGCGGGGGGGCGCUUUGCAUCAAACUUGGCAGUUGAGUUGCUUUCUUUGUAAACCGUUCCAAAUCGCUCACUUAUAAGGGUCCAUUUGAGUUCGGAUGCCACCUUAGAAGGCAGCUCACUAGGUUUUGCAGCCGAUCUUUUCUGUGUGCACAGGUGGACAUAUAUAUGAAACCGUUUUCUAUAAACAGUCAAAAAGCACACAAGUUUUAUGUAUCUUCCCAAUUUUUUUUUUUUUUUAUAAAUCAUUUACUUUUUUGCACUAAACUGAUGGAUAUGUUCAGACUUACAGCGGCCCUGUCUAAAAUAAUCCUGUCAUGUCACAUUUAAGGCCCUGGACUGGUAGCAGCGUCGUCUUUUGUGUGAAGCAUUAGUGGGUCCUGAAUAGCACUAUUUUUCAAGCUGAUCGUUUUAGACGAGCGUUUUAAAGGAACGUGGGCAACUCUCUUCUGUAGCUUACGUCUCCUCUUUUUUUUGUCUUGUCAAAACAUCACGGUAACAUAUCAGAAAGCCAUAAGCAGAAGAAUAUCAUCAAUAAUGUUUGUGUUCGCAGGCACUUACAAUGCAAGAAUGACACAUGCCUGUAGCACGCAGUCCAAAAACCUCAUCCGGUUCUCAACCGACCCAAACCAGAGAAAAUAGUGGAACGAGAGAGCGAAAGCAAUAACGGCAAGUCAGAAAGAAGGAAAUGCCAAGUCCUGAAACGGAAUACUGAAUAAAAGAUGCAGGGAAAGAAAAUGUAAAGAAAGUGAAAAUCAAUAAAAUAUAAAUCAAAAUGAGAACGAGGGAGGAGAGAGAGAGACGGAGACGUGAUACUGUGGACCAGCUUUGGAUUGGAAAGGCGUAUAGGCCUGAAGGGAACAGGACUGAGAUGUUUGGCGUGAGCUGAUUUCAGAGCUUGCACUGUCAUUUUGAAUGCCAUUGGGCGGAGCGUUUUUUGUAAAAGCUGUAAUUUUGACGGCAAUUGUUGUACAGUGUAUAUACGUAAGUUGUUCAAAUGCAGAUUUUGUAGAUAUUGAACUGCAAUCAUGGCAGGGUUUGUGCACCCAGCAGAUGAAAAGGACAAACACGCAAACUCACGUACUUUCACUGGCAUUUUUAACAGAUUUUUUUGCAGCUGCUUUUAACCUUUUUUCAGAAUAUGUUUCUCCGCCCCUUUUUUUAAAUUGUAUUUUUGUUUCCAUUUCACCGUGUUUAUAUUCUAGAAAAGGGAAUUCCUCUACUCCUGAUGGAUUUGCGCAGGGAGUUUAUUUUUAUUCAUUUGUUUGUAUUGUUUUAAUUUCGUCUUUGAUUCGUUUUGUUUUGUUGACCGUGUAAAACAGUAUUAAAACAUGCUUGUUAUACUGUA